UGUAACAAUUCCUGUUAUUACUCCGGCCUUUGCUCAUUUACUUUUGUAGAAUCAGAGGAGAAGAACAUGAUUUUCCAAACUCUUUUUGAGUAUCUGAAUGUUUGGGGUUGGUGCAUUUUGUUUUUUGUGAUUUUAAUUUUGGUAGAUCUAGUAAAAAAUGGGAGAUGGCAGAACUUUCCACCAGGACCACCAGGUGUGCCUUUUCUUGGAAACAUCUUCACCAGAUUGGACUUCAAGUCAAUAAACAAGCUUGCAGAGGAGUAUGGCCCAAUCUUCAGUCUACGGAGAGGUUCUGAAAAAAUGGUGUUUAUUUCUGGAUACAAGAUGGUCAGAGAGUCUCUCGUCAACCAGCUCGACAGCUUCACUAAUCGACCAGAAGUUCCUCUAUUUCAUGUAAUAUUCAAAGGUCUUGGCAUAGCUUUGAGUAAUGGUUACCUAUGGAAGAAGCAGAGGAGGUUCACCAGCACACAUCUACGUUAUUUUGGAGAAGGACAGAGGACCCUGGAAAAGUACAUUGAACAAGAAUGUAAUUUCCUGUGCGAAAGCUUCAAAGACGAGCAAGGAAGACCAUUCAACCCCCAGGCCACCAUAGCUAAUGCUGUUGGUAACAUCAUCAGUUCAGUGGUGUUUGGACACCGCUUUGAGUACACGGACGACCGCUUUCAAAAGAUUCUCCAGCUGGACUCUGAGGCUAUUCUCUUGGCUGGCUCUCCUAUUGCACAAUUGUAUGAUGUGUUCCCUGGUGUGAUGAAGUACUUACCCGGGCCACAUCAGAAAGUCCAUAAGAACUACUUUCAGAUCCUGGACUUUCUGAUGCAAGAAAUAAAAAAACACCAAGAGAACGUAAAUCUGGAUGACCCUCGAGACUAUAUCGAUGUUUAUCUAGGAGAGAUGGAGAAGAGGAAGGAGGACGCCCUCGCUGGCUUUAACCUGGACACUCUGCUGGUGUGUACCUUAGACCUGGUGGAGGCUGGGACUGAAACAGCUGCUACCACUCUGCGCUGGGCGGUGGCACUCAUGUUGAACUACCCAGAGAUACAGGCAAAAGUGCAGGCAGAAAUAGACACUGUGGUCGGACAGUCUCGACAGCCUACCCUCACAGACCGUCCCAACAUGCCCUACACAGACGCAGUGAUCCACGAGGUGCAGAGGUUUGGAAACAUUGUGCCUCUGGGAUUCCCCAAAAUGGCCAGUAAAGACACCACUUUGGGAGGAUAUUUUAUACCCAAGGGCACAGUCACAGCCUCAAAUCUUUCAUCUGUGCUGUUUGACAAGAACGAAUGGGAGACGCCUGAUGUGUUUAACCCUGGGCACUUCCUGGAUGCAGAGGGACAUUUCCGGAAAAGAGAUGCAUUUCUACCAUUUUCUGCAGGUAAGCGCAUGUGUUUGGGGGAGCACCUUGCUAAGAUGCAGUUGUUCCUGUUCUUCUCGUCGAUGUUGCAGCGCUUCACUCUGACUGCACCCCCUGGAGAGAUGCCCAGUCUGGUUGGGGUCCAGGGGUUCACAAACUCCCCUGAACAGUUUCGGAUGAUGGCUGUGCCACGCUAAACCUGGAAAACAAUAUGGAAAAUGUAUUACCAUUAUCAAAUCCUAGAGUAAUAUAGUGCCAGCAUACAUGUAUCUACUUUUACAUUUAACAUGAAUUCACAGUGCACACAAAGGCUGCAUUAAUCUUAUUAUAGAUAAAGGAGCAAAAAUAAUAAUAAUAAUAUGAUAAUAUUUUAUUUAUAGGGCGCCUUUCUGGGCACUCAAAGUCACUUUACAAUACAAUAUAAUAUACAAUUUACAGACAGUUAAAACAUUUAUGAACAUACAGUUAAAAGCAUUCAGAUAAAAAAAAAAAAAACAUUGAAAAGGACAGGGCAGUUGUGGAUUAUAAAGAAUAUGCCAGUCUGAACAAGUGGGUUUUAACUUUGGAUUUGAAGUGUGAGAGUGUGUCAGUAUUGCGGAGGUCAGGGGGGAGAGAGUUCCAGAGCUGGGGAGCAGAAAAAAAAAAAAAUAUGUAAAGACAUUUCAUGCAUUUCAGUUUAAUGAAUGUUAUAUUAAGUGAAACCAUUUGAAAGAAUGGUUUUAGGUUGAAAAUUCACACAGCAUAUUGUUUUAACUUGACGCCGGCCCUAUUGCUGCAGUUACACUUGACCGAAAUGCCUCGAAACGAAACGCUGCGCUAAGUUCAUUUAGGAAUGACUUAUCUCAUAAUAAAUAUUUGCCUGGUGCCAUUUCACAGACCUUUGCCUCUUGCUUUUCAGAUAAGACACAAAUAAAAUCACUAUCACUGAUGCAUAUUCAUGUGGUAGUUUUAACAUG